GAUUUUCCACCGCGGUUCCAUUCAAACUGGUAAUAAACACGUCAGACCAAGUUUUUGUUAUUUUUUGUGAUGAUUCAUUCAUGAUUCGGGAAAACAUUGUUUAAUCUCUGUCAGCAAUCUGAACGCAGUUAAAACUAGUUAAAACUUGCAAUUAUUGACGGAACGACUUCAGUUCCUUUAAAGCAUUCUAGGAUUGAGCUAGUGAUUGAGUUCCAAAUUUCCAUACAUAUUUCGAACAGACUUUAAUGAUGAGUCUUCAGUGGGGCAUCGUCGCUGGAUUUUUGUACUUUGAAAUCGGAGUUGUCGUUCUGCUUCUCCUUCCGUUUAUUUCUGCGCAGAGAUGGCUAAAGAUAUUUCGAUCCAGAAUAUUGCAUAGUCUCGGAGCUCAGACACAGCUCUACUUUUAUGGACUGUUCGGACUGCUUUGCCUCCUUUUCUUGGAUGCUAUCCGUGAAAUGAGGAAGUAUUCGAAUGAAGAAUAUGAUCUGACUGUAAAUCCCAAAGCAGAAAUGCAAGCGCAUAUGAAACUGUUUAGGGCGCAGAGAAAUUUCUACAUUUCUGGAUUCGCAUUGUUCUUUUCCUUGAUCAUCCGACGACUGGUGAGUCUCAUUAGCAUCCAGGCUACUCUGCAUGCCCAAACGGAAGCAGCUCUGAAACAGGCGUCAUCCGCAUCCGAUGCCGCGAGGAGGUUGAUGAAUGAUGGUGAUAAGAAAAAUGCUAAUGACAAGGAAAGCAGUGCUAAGGUUGCCACUUUGGAAACUGAAGUGAACACGCUGAAAGAAGAACUUGAGAAACUGACCAAGGACAGAAAUGCCGUCAAGUCACAAGCUGCCAGUGUUUCGAAGGAGUACGAUCGGUUGACUGACGAGUACGCCAAAUUGCAGAAGAAACUCUCCACUUCUGGAGGAGACAAGAAGGCUGACUGAUAACCUUUCCGUUCCCAUCAUGUUACGGAAUUGAGUUUAAUCAUAUAAAGUUGAAUCACAAAAAGUGUGUAGAAGCUUUGUUUUUUCUCUUAUAAUAUUAAUUAUCUCUUGAUAUUAAUGAAUUACUUCUGAAUGAAUUUGAGCAUUUGUGGUACCAUUUAUUACAAAAAUUGCGAUUAGGUUGCUUCUCUAAAUUAUUUCGUGAUCUCGGCGAUAACAAAAACCAAAAGUCUCUACAUAUAUAUUACCUAAUUCAAUAACUUACAAUUUUUAAUUGGUACUUAAUUAAUAUAAUAAAUAGGAUUUGGUUUAUUUGUGUUGGUAUUUCAAAAGUGGUGGCGAGGGGAUCGUCAUUAUAUUAAAAAUUAUAUCACAGUUACAAUACCUGAAACUAGAUUCGCUAUGCUGCUACCGAGAGUCGUAAUAUAAUAGUAACAAUAAUAAAUUACGUUUCUUUUUGAUUUAUCGUACGAAAUAAAUUAAACAUACAAAAUACUAA